CGAGAGGCCACAUUAUCGGCGCACAGAGAUGAUGCUCAGGGUGUCGCGCGGUGAUGACGCAGAUUGAAGAUGGCGGCUCGCGUCGGGAGGCCUGAGCACCGGGCUCCGCCUGAAGUGUUUUACAGUGAAAAUGAAGCAAGGAAAUACACACAAAACUCGCGUAUGAUUGAAAUCCAGACGCAGAUGUCCGAAAGAGCUGUUGAGCUACUCAAUUUACCUGAAGAUCAACCAUGCUUCCUAUUAGAUGUUGGGUGUGGGUCAGGACUCAGCGGCGAUUACCUCUCUGAAGAAGGACAUCACUGGGUUGGUGUGGACAUCAGUCCAGCCAUGCUUGAUGUUGCAUUGGAAAGAGAGGUAGAAGGUGAUCUCAUUCUGGGUGAUGUGGGUGCUGGCAUUCCAUUCCGGCCUGGCACGUUUGAUGGUUGCAUCAGUAUUUCUGCCCUGCAGUGGCUUUGUAAUGCCGAUAAGAAGAGUCACAGCCCCCCAAAGCGACUGUACAAAUUCUUCAGCUCCCUGUAUGCCAGUCUGGUACGAGGAGCUCGAGCUGUGUUUCAGCUCUAUCCUGAAAACUCCGAGCAGCUGGAGUUGAUCACAGCGCAGGCCAUGAAGGCUGGUUUCACAGGUGGGAUGGUGGUGGAUUAUCCCAACAGCAGCAAGGCAAAAAAAUUCUUCUUGUGUUUAUUUGCGGGAGUCUCUGGAAAGCUGCCAAUGGGCCUUGGAGCAGAGCAGGGGGACGAGACAGUGAGCCAGGUUCAGUUCACUAAUGCCAGGUUAAGGUUUAAAAACCUGAAGGGGAAACCUGUGAAAAGAAGCAGAGACUGGAUUCUGGAGAAGAAAGAGCGUCGAAGGCGUCAGGGCAGGACAGUUCGAAAUGACACAAAGUAUACAGGCAGAAAGAGGAAAACCCGUUUUUAGAGUGGGAACGGCAGGAAUGUUUUGUUCUCAGCUUGGGGAAUUUCAUCUGGUCAAUUUUGUGGUACCUCUUGAUCCUGACACACUCGACAAUGUUGAAUUUGCAACUACAGAUUGACCGUCUUUGAACGAUCACCAUACCAAACCAUUACCAGUGUGGAGCUUUCUGUUUCCAACAAUCUUCACAGGUUUGGUGAAUAAUAGAUUGAGACUUAGAAGGAAGCAAUUCCAUUCAAUCUCAACUGCCUUCUCAGUUUUCAGAAUUCUGAGUAUCCCAUGUUGUCUCCUCUUUGACAGCUGUGUUACCUGCAUUUCAUCACAUUGUUUCAUGAAUGGAUCAUUACCUAAUACAAGAAAAAGGGUCACUGCCUUUGAAUCCAGUUGUUCUUAAAUAGACUGUGACUGUUGCAUAAUUGAUUAAAACCUUCUGCUGCUUGAAUUAAUGAUAGCAGAUGAGCUACCAUUAUUGUUUGAAAAGGAUAUUUAUACAGUGACUGCAACGAAAAGUUGAAUGUCUAACUGCCUGGUUGAACAACUUUAUCUGGUGAUUGUGUGAAUUAUCUACUGAUGAAAAUUUUGACUUUUUUUUUUCUGUAUGCAAGUAAAACAUAGCCCAUGAUCAGCCA